GUAUAUGCAAGAGAAUUGUUCUUUCCACUUCAAUGAUUUUACACCUGCUAUAAUUAUUUGACAAAUGGUGCAUUAGAACAUCAUGCUCUUUAGGGCAAUGAUGCAAUGAAACUUCCCUUUUAUGCUCAAAGUGAAACGUGUAGUUAGUGAAGCAAGCGAAAGAUUUCAAUUCUAACCAAUCACAUCACACUUUGAAAUCACUGUUAAAAAGAAUUAAACUUUUUCCAAACAGUAACGUUAGAUCAAAGCGAAGUUAACACGUCGAAGGUUCAGCAAAGAAGAGAGCUAACAUGGCCAAAUUGCACGCAACACUUUUCUUUUUUAGCUGUUUAAUUGCAUCGGCGUAUAUGCAAAAUUGUCCACCUAUUUGUCCACAGCCUUGUCCACCCACUGGAUGUCCACCGAACUGCUGCAUCCAAGCUGGCACACAAACUACCCAGAGUGUCUCCCCACCAAUUUGUCCCCCAACCUGUCCACCACGCCCAUGUCCACCAUGCCCUCUACCUCCUUGUCCAUGUCCACCAAUAACUCCACCACCUUGUCCAUGUCCUCUUCCACCAUGCCCACAAUGUCCUUGCCCACCUCAAUGUGCAACUACAUGUGGCCCAACUUGUCCCACAACAUGUUGUACUGGUCCCUUUAAUGGCAAAAAGAAGUAAAUACUGGUGAAAGUAGGGAAAUGUACUACGCGGUUAAAGAUAUUUUGCUUCUUGUGGGAAUAUUUUGUAAUAUUCUCCUUUAAAACGUAGAUUAAAUAGAAUGUACAAUUUGCUGCAUUUUUGUUAAC